GAACAUGUGGAGAAGAAGGAGAGAAAGAGGGAGGGGAAGCUGAAGCAGGGAGGGAUGGACAUCACUUUGCAAAAAAUCCUUCAGUAUAACAGGAAUGCUGGGAAACUCUCCUCCUCUCUUCUAUUCGCCCGUUUUGUCCUCUUUGUCCUCCACUCCCUGAGGUCCUGCUCGCCAAUUAAACAAGAAUAACUUGUUUCGCGUGAAGAUGACAUCCCGCUUGGUUCUGCACGUGACCCUGCUGUCGCUGUGGUGCACCGUGGCCCAGUGUGCUCCCAUGUUCUACAACAUGUCCAUGGACGGGAGCGGCGACGAGGGGCUGGAGUUCCUUUUCCCCAAGUCCUUCUCCACCCGCGCUCCUGUGGAGGUCAGCGCCGCCCCCACCAAGGCGCCCUCCCUCACCAACACCAUCACCACCACCAUGAUCCGCCUGAAGGACUUCGUCCUGACCCGAGUUGUGGACUUCCUGCAGCAGAAUCUCCUCAUCAUCGUCGUGGUCACCUCCCUCCUCAUCGUCUUGGUCUUCAUCAUCUGCUGCGCCUCCGCCAUGAGUCAGAAGCGCAAGCUGGAGGCCUACAAGCCCGCCUCUCCCCCUCCUCGGAAGAACGCGGCGGAUAAAAGCGCCGGACGUAAGGGUUCCAAUGAGGCCCAGGAGAGGCCGUACGCCGUGGACCACGUCAAACGGGUCCAGAUACAAAGCAGGGCGUCGCCGAAGAACGAGCGCAUGCCCUCCAAGGCUCUGGUGGGAGAGAAGGGAAGAGAGGGGAAGUCAUCGCCCCGCCAGGAGGUGAGGAAGGUCAGGGAGGUGGAGGAGGUGGAGAAGCGGCGGGAGGAGCCCAAGCACAAAGAGCAGACGAGGUACAGGGAGGAGGUGCCGCACACCUCCAGUCAGCCUGCGUGCACCUGCCACCUGAAGAAAGCCCACCACUAGACCACCUUUCAAACACACCUCCAAGCCACAACAUUAGGUACACUGAACUCCCUUUUCAUGCUUCCUGGUGACUCUGACCUUUUCUCAAAGUGGAUUUAUCCAACACAUUCAAUAUAAAGUGGCCAGAAUAUGAAUUUAAAUAAGUUUUUUUUUAAAGUUUCUAACUUUAAUCAAGGGUCCUUGAAUGCACCACAAUUAUGGUCAAUGAGAUACAAAAAUGAAACAUAACUUUCCAGGUAGAUUUAUCGUAUUUUUACAUUUCUUCUAUCGCCUCAUCCUUGCUCCAAAAUGUUGCUGCUGUGUGUGAACGCUCAAAGGUGAUCUUUUGGUGACGUCAUGUCAUCUUUCUUCAAAGCUCGACUCCUGAAGGGCCCCCCCAUCCACCUCCACAGUAAUCCCAACGUCGCUGCCCCAUACACACAUACUCGCUGUGUUUUCAUGCACUAAAAAACAAUCUAUUGCAUGAUUUCUAGUGAGGUGUUUAGGGCAUGUCCAGCUGGGAGGAGACCUCCGGGCAGACCUGGGACUCGCUGGAGGGACUAUGUCUCACAGCUGGCCCGGGAACGCCCCGGUGUUCCCCCUGUGGACCGAGAGGAGGUGGCCGGGGACAGGGAAGUCUGAGCAUCUCUGCUUAGACUGCUGCCCCUGCGACCCAGACACGGAUAGGCGGCGGAAAUGGAUUAAUGGAUGGAUGGAUGGAUGUAAAAACCUCACUUAGGUAUUUUACUUUGACACAUAGGAUUAACAUCUAUAGAAAAUCGC